AUGACGGCGACGGCACCGACCAGCAGCAGCGCGGCAGCGAGUGGGGGACGUUCGCAGUCCCAGAAGCGCCGCGCCGGCGGGCGUUCCACUACGGCGGCAACGGGCGCUCGUCGGCCGCACAAGGACCUGGGCUGGACGGGCGUCCGGGAGCGGCUGUGGGGCGGGUGGGCGGCGGAGAUCCGGAUCCCGCGCACCCGGUCCAGGCUGUGGGUCGGCAGGUUCCAGCACGCGCUGCAGGCGGCGCUGGCCUACGACGCCGCCAUGUUCUGCUUCUACGGCGAGCGCCUGCCGAGCCAGCGCAAGUUCAACUUCCCCGGCGCGCCGCGCCCCGCCAUCCCCGAGCACAUCCGCGUCCAGCUCACCGUCGCCAACAUCAAGGAGAUCGCUGCCGACUACGGUCGGAGCUGCGCCGGCCUCUUCUUUGUUGCGCCGCCGCCGGCUCAGCUGUGCCCUACACCACCUGCACCACCGGCACCACUGACGACGACGCCACCUCUGAUGGUGCCAGCGCCGGCGCCGGCACUGGCUACUUAUGGUGCUGCUGCUGCCGCCGCCGCCGCCAGCGCUGAAGCAACCUCCACACAAACUGAUGUCCAUGCUGCUGGCAACGCCGGGAACCGCGUGGAUGGAGAAUUCAUGGCGAGUGCUGAUGACUGCCUGCUCUCCUGCAACCCAGAUGAUUUCGUCGGGGUUUUAGACAUCGACGAAGUGGACCUCUUUAUCGGCCAGAACUGA